GCGUGCCGUAGACGUAGACGACGACGGGACGGCCGGACAAGAAAAAGCUCUGCCGAUUGACGUGGGUGGCGCCUCUCAUGUCGCGUCGCGCCUUAUUGUGGAACGACACCGUUUAGUCGCAAUAGAAUCCAUCUCUCCCUUUCCGCCCCUGAGCUUUGAGUCCCACCAACACGGGCGACAAAAGGAGGUGAAUUUCCUCUUCCGUUCUCCGCAUCAAUCCCCAAUUCUGAUCUCCACUGUUGGCUGGAUCGAGAAGAUUCGUUGAUCCGGAGAGGAAUCAGCUCCGAUUGCGUGAUGAAAAUGGCUUCUUCUGGGGACUCAUGGAUGAAGGAAUUUAAUGAUGCAACAAAGUUAGCCGAUGAAAUCGGUGGCAUGAUAUCCGAGCGGAGUAUGUUGCCUACCACUGGGCCAGAUAGCCAACGCCAUGCUUCUGCUAUUCGGAGAAAAAUCACUAUACUAGGGACACGGCUCGACAGCUUGCAGUCUCUUCUGACAAAGCUUCCUGGCAAGCAAUCUACAUCAGAGAAAGAGAUGAAUCGUCGGAAGGACAUGCUUGCAAAUUUAAGAACGAAGGUGAACCAGAUGGCUUCCACCUUGAACAUGUCAAACUUUGCCAACAGGGAUAGCUUGCUCGGACCAGAAACAAAGCAACCGGAUGUUAUGAGCAGAACAGCUGGUCUGGACAAUCAGGGAAUUGUUGUUCUACAGCGGCAAGUAAUGAGAGAGCAAGAUGAAGGUCUUGAGAAACUGGAGGAAACGGUGAUAAGCACAAAACAUAUAGCAUUAGCAGUGAACGAGGAGCUAGACUUGCACACUCGACUGAUUGAUAACUUGGACCAACAUGUUGAAGUUACGGACUCCCGUCUAAGGCGGGUGCAAAAGAACCUUGCAAUUCUGAACAAGCGCACCAAGGGAGGCUGCACCUGCAUGUGCAUGAUUUUGGCGGUGAUUGGUAUUGUGAUUCUGGUUGUGGUCAUAUAUCUUUUGGUCAAAUACUUGUAAAAAAAAAAAAAAAACUAAUCCGAACAUAUUUAUCGCUUUUGGCUCGUUUUCCCUCUUUAUGUUGUGUGAUGGAUUCGAUCUGUGUUUCGCGCUCAUCUUUUUUGGCUUGUGGCCUUUAUUCUGGUGUGUAAUUCAUGGACGAACUGAGAAACUGUAUACAAGAGUGUAAUCUGACACGUCUCGUUCUUUGGUUAUCUUA